AUGUUCUAUUUCUCCAAGUCUCGGGCAACAAGCCCUCUCCGCCAGUCGUCGCCCAAACAUACCAAAGCUGAUGUCGAAUGGAUUAUGGUCGACGAAGACACUCCUUCCGAACAGCAGAAUGGCGUCCAGCCAGGCAAAAGUGUCGAAACUUCGAAACACCAUCAUUCGUCGACAGACGAUCAGAAGUCCAACGCCAAAACAAAAGAACCCGCUUCAACAAGUGCAUCUAGUCAACGCCAGACCAAACAGCUCAAGAGCGGCGGUGCCGAGACUUCAUCAGAACAGACCGAUCUGGCCACCAUCCUAUCAAGUCUUUCCAGUCAGCGCUCUGAGAUCUCAACAAUGCAAACAUCUCUUCUGGAAGCCCAGGCACAGAUUCAAGAAGAGCGUGAUCUCUUCCAAGCACAAUACUACGCUCUCCGUAAUCAACAAGAAGAACGCGAUGCCAGGCAGGCAGAAGAGAAGAAGCAAGAAUGGAAGGAUGAUUUGGAGACUUUGCGCCUCGAGAUGACAGUAAGAGCCAUGAGUGAGGAGGAAAGAGUGGAGAAAUUGAUGUUGCAGAUGGAGACCGUGGUGAAGAAAGUCGAUGACAUGCAGAGCUCAGGAGAAAAGAAAGUUAAGGAGAGCGAGAAAACAUUGGAAAUGUUGGGAAACUCGAUUGAGCAACUUGCGAUGGGGAUGCAGCACCUUGGAGAGACUGUAUCGAAAAUCCAAGCGAUGUAUGCCGAGAAAUUUGAGGCGGCAGAGAAAGAUCGGAAAGACUUGCAAGCUCAAUUUCUGCGUUUGGAGAAAGAUGUCAAAGCUAUUCGGCAAGAUAAAAGCCUUGCCACUCAAAACCAGCUCAACAUCGAUACUCCAUCGCAUACCAACUUCCAGCAACCGCUCAACCCCUCCGCAGAGCCCUACCUAGGACCCAGACCCUUCCCCAAAGGACCAACCUCCUCCACCUCCUCACCAUCAGCCUCAAACCCUCCACGUCGCCGCCAUCACCGAACGUCGCAUCCGGACCACACAUUCAACGCAAACAUUCGCCCUCGAGGCAGACUCGAUUUAGCUGACCAGUUCUCGCAGAUGGGUUUGGGACGAUAG